CUGACGCAGUGAAAUGAGAGCCAACAAAAAUUGGAUAAGGUAGCCAGAAUACUCUGAAACGCACAGACAUAUAUGUGUUUGAUGAUAUUAUGGCUUUACAGAACUGGCUCUAUGCCGGAAACAGUGUUAGAUUGCGGCCAGUAUAUGUAACUCAAUUGCCUGGAAAAUAUAGGUUGCUAGUGCCACGGUCAACAGGAAGAUCCCGGGCUGAAGAAUUCAUAUUUCAGAGACGGUUUUUUGUGGGAAUUGGGACAGCUGCUGCAGUAGUCCUUGGUGCUAAUUUUGUUGGAGUAACAAGCUUUCUUCUUGGAUUGUCACCACAAACAGGAAGAGAUUUGAAAUUAGAUGUUCUUUAUCCGAUUGAAGGAUAUAGUAGAUGCCUUGAGCCUAAUGAAGGUUUCGAAUUCAUUUAUCCGGCGAGCUGGGUUGGAGAUCAAACACUCUUGCGUCGAGCUGUAGGGAAGGCCGAGUUGGAGAGAUCCCUCGACCUCCCUCCAUUGAACGAUAAGAACUCAACCAAUCGUCAUCGUGGGAGUUCAUCUAAUGAACCAAAGGUCGCAUUCGGUCCCCCGGGGUCCAAUGGUGAACUUAACGUUAGUGUUAUUGUUUCUGCCGUUCCUCUCGAUUUUUCGAUUGAAGCAUUUGGAGGUCCAAAGGAAAUAGGAGAAACAGUGGUAAGAACGAUUACAGGAGCAAGAAGUGGUGUUAAGGCAACGUUACUAGAAUCAACGGUUAGACAAGAUUCAAUAAAGCAACUGAAUUACUAUACGUUGGAAUUCCAAGUUGAGAGCUCUUCCUUUCGCCGUCACAACAUCGCCGUUUGUUGUGCAGAAAACGGAAGGUUAUUCACGUUGAAUGCCCAAGCGCCAGAGUCAAUUUGGUCCAAAGUGAAACAACAAUUCAAUACAGUGGCCGACUCUUUUCAUGUCACAACUUAAACAUGAGGAUUUGUUUACAAGUGAAAUUUUGGUGUUGUAUAAUGGUGCCAUUUUGUCGUAUUUACAUGUAGGUAACAUCAACGAAGCUGCAUCCAUUGUGGGCACAAAUAAGAGCAAGGGCUAUGGGUAGUGUCACCCUUUCAAAUGAAAGAGUGCACUACCAAUUUGAAUAAAUUAGACUUUCCUA